AGAAAAGGCAAAGUUUUUUUCCCCGAAAACGACACUUUCUCCGAGAGUGAAGUGAAGAUAAUGUCAGACGGACAGCUUUCUACUUGCGCCGGCGCCGAGAAACCUCGGUCCCGCCCCCUCCCCGACGAUCCCCGCUUUCCGACCGACGUGGCAGCGCAGGCCAGGCUGCACGCUGCACGCUCCCGGCGCAAAAGGAUCCUUUUGGACCGGUACCUGCGGAAAUUUCCGGCUAUUCCAGCGGAGUCACAAGGUUUGUUCCUUGGCGAUGACUUGGAAAAAUUUGAACCGGGAAAGCCAAAGUACGACGAGAAGAGCGACGUCAACAGCACCGCCGCGCCCCCGCCAGCGACCUUCAACCUGUCUCAACCCUGGAACACUCUCACCGGCGUCGCCGAGUACCAAAGUCACUUCGCAAUACCUUUAGCAAAUUUGCUGGAAAAAGGAGAGUGUGCGGAGCUGACGCUGCACGCGCUGCUCGGCGGCGAGUACGACACCUGGGACCAAAUACACUGCAACCCGCCCGAAUACGGCAUCGACCCGGGAAAAGUGUUCACGGGGACGCAGCACAGGAGGCACGACCACGCGGGUGAAGAACAUGAAGGACGAAACAACACUACAUCUUCUUCGGGAAGUAAAGCACCGGCUUCCUCCGACCUGUGGGCCUCGGCCUGCGGCUCCUGGCGAUUGCAGUUUGACCAACGGUUUUUGGAAGUAGAUGCUCCUCCUUUAGAAUCAGCAGAGACCACCACCGCAACUUUUGACGAGCGACAAGACUGCAAAGUCGAUGCGUUUCUCACCGGUCUGUCGACGUGGCUCCUGGGGAAAAAAGUUUCGAAAUCAAGAUUUCUUCGGAACAUAAACAAGAAACAGAUGAACCACAAUAAAAACACCGAAGAACAACUGCAGGAUUUCGGAACGCCAGUUGUGCCACGGGAAGCACACCUGCGUUUCAUGGUGCACGCCCGGUUUGCGAGCGGGGACGCUGCAGCUGCCGAGGACGAGGAAGAUAAAACACCAGAUCGCGAGUGUUUAGCAUCUGACCGAAUCGAAGAAGUUUUUCUGCUUCUCGACGUUUGGGACCUCCUCCGCCAGCUCUUCGGCCUCGAACUCGAGGACGCGAACCAGGGAGCGUGGGGCUGUCUGGGAGCACAGCUGUCGCCGGUUGGGGGUCUGCGGCCGGUGGAGUUUCUGAACAAUAAGGUUAUUCGUAGUUCCAGUGGCGGAGAAGAGGGCUGUGAAGAUGCGGAAAAGGAAGUAGCCGUGCAAGUUCGAAGCGAAGAUGUCUUUUUCGGAAUCCAACUGGACCGCGGGGACGGGCACCAAGACCAGCUGAAGCGCCAUGUGAGCAGUAGCUCGUCGACCACGACACCGACGACGCACGUCGCGCCAGGUCAAUAUGCUGAACAAGUGGUCAACAACACUGAAGAAGUCGAAAAGACGAAUGUGGUCGUUGACGUGGACUUACACAGUUCACCGCAGCAGCCUAGUAGUACGCAAUCCGAGGUGCACGAAAACGAUACUACAGCUGCUUCGCUCGCCCAGUAUUUCCAAGCGACGAAGACGUCGCUCGACCUCGUGGAGACCAUGUGCUACAAGGGCCUGGCCGCCACGCACAAGGUAGUUGCGGCUGCAGAUGUCGACGAGCAAAAAUUCAAAAAAAUGGGCAUGGCGAGGUACUGGGACGCGGAGCGGAUGCGGUGGUACGGUCCGGCGGGAAUCGGCACCGCGGUCGGCUUAAAAGAGUUCGAAGAUUUCCACCAGAAACCCUUCCUCCAGGGCGUGCCCGACCGGAAGGGCGGGCACCAAUUUGUACGCAUCGCGGACGGGAACUACAUCUGCUCGGGCGGUUGGCCCUCGAUUUACGCGACACAGUUAGGGCCGUAUCUCGGGGUGGAGGCAACUAAGAAUCCGCUGAACAUGCGCGAUUUCAGCUUUUGGCGUGUGGCGGAUGGGAAGGAUUAUUGUGAGGAAGGCAACAGCAAUCCUGCGUCGGAAAAAGAAGAAGCGCGGGGCGGAAGCGCUGAAUUGUGCUCAUUGUCCAAGAAGAAGUUUUUGUUGUUUGAAAACUGGGUCAUGUUGGACCUGUUUGAGCUUUUCGAGCAGAUGGGAGUCGAUUUGUGGGGCGUGGUGGGCUCCGAACCCGGCGAAUGAGACGGCGCUUGAAAUGAAGCAUCAAUCCUCGUGUUUGUAUUACAGUACGUUAUACAUCAAAAU